UUUUCCCUUUUGUGAAAGUUUUCCUUUUCUUUUCCUCUGGUUCAAAAGAAAAACAAUACCUCUUUCUUUGUGUAACAGAGGACUGUAAGGAAAAACAGAUUGUUCACAAAUCCCAGACCCUCUUGGAUGUGUUGUCCGUAUGUGUGUCCUCCGCUGGGACCCUUCUCGUAAAAAGAGCUCUCUCUCUCUCUCUCUCUUGAUUCUUGAAAACCUUUUACCUACAAUAACCCAAGGACAGGAGUUAAGAUUAGUCUGAGUAACAAGAACAUCCAAACUCAUACUCUCGUCACCUCCCAAGUUCCAAAUAAGACCACCCAUGGAGUUAGGCACCUCCUCCUUGCUUGUCAUCUUCCUCAUUGUGCUCAGUUUACUGCAACCUCUGAACUCCAAAACUAUAGUGGUGGAUGAAGCUGCAGCAAGGACAAACCCAAGUGUUCACAUAGGCGAUUCUCUGUCUUUCAAAUACGAAAAUGGCUACAAUCUCUAUAUUUUUCAAGACAGAAAAGCCUUUAGUCUCUGCAACUUCACCCAAGCCACGCUUCUCAGCAAACCCAACUCCACCUCUUUCAUGUGGAACCCAAGUCGGUCUGGUUUCUUCUACUUCUCAUACAACUUCAACAAUGGCUCUCACAAGGCCUGCAAAGAAGGUGAGAAACUAGCCAUUAAGGUCACUCCACCACCGGCUACAGACAAGUGGGCUUUGUCGCCGGAGCUUUCCCCAGAAGCCGCACCUACACCGGUCUCCGGUGGGAUUGUCCCUUCCACUCCAGCUUUCCGGUGGCCGUUCCGUCGUCAUCAACAUCAAGGGAGUUCACCGAGUCCGGCACCAAGUGCAAUCCCUCAGCCCAAGAUUCCGUCCAUAGUUCCGGACACGGGUGGCGGUUAUCCCUUCAUUAACAGUAAUCCGGCGAUGCCUCUCCCUACUGGUCAACCUGAAUCUACUACUGGACACCCGCUGCCCACAUCUGGUCAUGGAAGAGGGAAGGUACAUGUGUUGGGGUUGCUCGCAGUUCAAAUUACUCUCUGGUGCUUGGUUUGGGUUACUAUGUAAAAGGAUGACGAGUAGGGUUUAGUAAAUUCAAAGAAAGACAGGAAAGAGAUUAGAGAGAGGUGGGGCUCUGUUUAAAACUGCGUUAAUACCCCACUUCCCCCGCUGUAAUCAAUUAUGUAAUAAUUUAGGAGAGCAUAUGUACUGUAAGCCAUUAAUGAGAAAUCAUUUAGACCUUA